AUGAUUUUCAUUGGUUCGUUUGUGGAUGGGGGUGAUUGGUUAUUUUAUGCCUACAAGAAAGGAGGCACUCUUUUCAGCAUGUCGGAGCUGCUAGAAUUUCUGAAUAAAGCAAAAGCCACAAACGAAACAAUCUCAGCACUUGUUGAGUGUGUAUCAAUAGCAGAUGCGCUUAAGACAAAAGCAAGGCAUACAGAUGAGAAUCAGCUUCAUCAUAUAGUAGAAGCAAUGGAGAGUCUUUACAAAGACUUUAAAAAGCGAACGUGUGUUAUAAAGCAAGACAUAACGAGAAUGAAGGAAGAAAACAGCCAGCACCUGGAUAAGUAUGGAUUUGACAGAAGCUUUGCUACGCGAAAUAGCUUUAUGCAGAAUCUUUUGAGAAGGCUUAGCCUUGUCAUACAGGACUUUGGGCGUGUGCAGGGCGGCUUUGCGUCCAACCAGAAGGAAAGGCUCAAAGAGCAGUACUUGAUAGCCAAUCCGCAGGCAACAGAAAAAGAGCUGCACUACCUGGGGGAAAAGGAAAAAGGAAAGCUUCUUCUGCAGUCUGCAUUUACGCUAGGCAAUAAAAAAGCAAAGGAGGCGCUUAUUCUGGCAGAAGAAAGAAGAAAUUCUUUAGAGGCGCUGCUUGAGGGAAUUUCUGACUUGAAAGAUUUGACGGAUGACUUCUCGGCAAUUAUAAGAAACGACACAUGCGAAAUGGACAGAAUACAUGUAGGGGUAAACUAUGCAAAUGUGCAAACAGGCACAUCAUGCAAAUUAAUUACAAACACAACAAACAGAAAAAUCAAAAUAUUCAAAGCAAAGAAAACCACUACACUGAUAUUUGUAGCCAUGCUAUUUGCUAUUCUCUUUCUUCUUAUAUUCAAGAUAGCGCACUAA